GCACCCGGAAGUCAGAUUUUGUGUCGGGUAAUAACGCAAGUAAGACACCUUUAUUCUGCGAAGAACUUGAGCUGAUUGUUCGCAGACAGAACUGGUGCCGAGCUUCUACCAGGAGCACAGAGCAGGGAGAUGAAAGUGUUUAUUACGGCUGUGUUGCAGCUGUGUCUGCUGGGACACACCAGGAGCUGGGAUGACGGUAGUGUGCUGCUGCGGGACAUCCAAGCACUGACUCUGUACAAAAAUCGCUACACUACAGCGAGGCGUUCCAGCCCAAUUCCUCAGCUGAAGUGUGUCGGAGGCUCAGCAGGUUGCCAGGCCUUUAUCCCAGAGGUGGUACAGUGUCUGAACAAAGGCUGGGAUGGGGUGGAUGUACAGUGGGAGUGCAAGACCGAUAUGGACAACAUGUACCGGUUUGGUCACGUUGAGGUGAGCUGUGAGGGCUACAACCACCCUGCUGAUGCCUACAUACUAAAAGGCUCCUGUGGGCUCGAGUACACGCUGGAACUGACCGCAGAGGCUAAGAGGAGGACUCAAGGCAGCUGGGGUUCCAACAGUGAAUUCAAAGGAUUUGGAGGUCUUGGUGGAUUUGCCUCCCGUUUCUUUAGUGGUUUCUCAGGAAACGGGCAUCAGCAUCAGCAUCAGCAUCAGCAUCAGAGCUCAGACCACUCAGGUAGCCAGGACUCAGGAGGCCUCCUUGUUGUUGCAGUGCUUCUGCUCUUAGCUUUUGGCGUCUACAAACUGUUCCUCAGUGAAAACACGGGGAGGUCGGGACAAGAUGGUCAUCAGGCAGAGUAUACCAGAGAUGGACAUCAUGGCCCUACGUCAGGACCACCACCCCCCGGAUUCAAACCUGACUUCACAGACUAUCCUGGUGCCAACCCAGGCUACGGUUUCCGCAGUGACUACACUCACAGACAACAGUAUCCAGGAUACCGGGCUGCUCCUAGCACUGGUGGGGGCUUCUGGACUGGUCUUGGAACAGGAGGGAUGCUGGGAUAUCUCUUUGGUCGCCAGAGAAACCAGCCCUACAACUAUAACCACUCCAGUUUUACUGACAGCCGACGUCCUCGUGCUGGGGAGCCCUCCUCCUCUGGGACACGCACUGCUUCAGGUUUUGGGGGAACCAAGAGAAGAUAGAGGCUGUGGAUGAGGAGACGUUUUCUACAAUGGAUGACAAUGAACUGGUGAAAAAAUCAAAGUUGAGCUCUGUGUUUGCUAGUUGCAUCAGAACCAUAACAUCGGGUUGAAUGUGUAUUUAAAUGUGAAGCCUUUUAAGUGCUGUUUAUUGUUUUUGAAGGUGUGAUAUGGAAUAUUUUGGUUACAAGUUAAUAAAAAACUGUAGUUUUUUUUUUCUCAACAGUGAA